AUGGAGAAAAAAUUACUACUCUUUUGCAUUCUAACUACAUUGCAAACAACCCACACAAUCUUCUCGUCUGUAUGCGAUUGCAACUAUGUUAAAACACGAGGAAUUCUAGAUAUUAACUCACCAUACUAUUGCCAAAACCCCAGCACUAAUCAUCAACCACGAUACCUAACAAAUUAUACGCUAAUGACUAAACAAAAUCCAGUAAAAACUUGGAAAGGAUGGACUUGCAAACAAUGGAUUAAGACUAAGAAAAUAACCGGAUCUUUCUGGAUAGGAUCUUUUGACACAGUUUAUUCACAGGAAACAAAAUUGCUCUCAGCAAUUGAAUGCUGGGAAAUGGUAAAUAAUAAAAAAUGUGGGGGUAAUCUUAUGCAGGCAGGAACAACAACGUUGAGUUUUACAUCAACUCCUACAGGGGAAGGGAAGUGGUAUGCUAUCAAAGAAUACCAUGCAUUAAAUUGUUUAGCAGAAGAGAUAACAUUAAAACAAGAGACACCAGAAAGCUUCGUGGAAAGUCCAUUUGGAUUCUUAAACACCACUCAGCAAGAAGGGGAGUAUACACAAAAUCAUAACACCAUAGUAUGGGGAGAUAGAUCAACAAAUUCAUCAAAUUCACAAAUUAUUUUUAAAGGUGAAGGGUAUAUAGAAUUAACAAACUCAAUGAUUAAUGUAAAUACUAGCCGUCUUCUUGAUAAUAACAAGCAGAUAGAAAUAACUUUCUCUAACAAACCAGAUAUAAAUAAUAAAGAAUUUGCCCAACCUGGAUUUAAAGUAGUAGGGAUGCCUUUAACAUUUCUUAUUUUUCCAAACCAAGUAAAUGUAGAUACAUGGUCUUGCAAUGAAUACGCAGAUCCAAUAGCGAGCAAAGUAAAACGGUCGACUAAUAACGAAAUUGAAUUUCUUGACAAUCGUGCUAAGAAAGAAGCUAUGGGAAAAAGACUUUACAGCAUAUCGUAUGCAUGGGGUUCGAUACGAAUGGGAAAUCCUAUAAUAACAAACGUAGAAGAAAAUGGAAUAAUGACUAAAAAAGAUACAAUUGCGUAUCUCAUGGUUAAUGGUUCAUCAAUAAACACGCAAGUAUCAGUCCACAACCAAUAUGAUAUCCAAGAUCCUUUGCCAACAGGAACAAAAUUCGAAUACAUCGUAGAUCACAGCAUAAGGUUUAUGAACACUAACAUCUGCAUCGUGGCAAAUGAAAACAAUCAAAUUAUGGCAGAAAAUUGUACCGAAAAAACAUCAAGAUGGAUACUGGAUUUAAUUAACUACCAAUGGAUUUCUCUAGAAACAGGCCUGUGCAUCACCUUACAUGAUGAAGAAGAAGGACGAGUUAGAUUGGCAACACUAAAAACGUGCAGUAGACAAGGAACAAUUAGUGAAAAUCAACAAUGGGUUAUCGAAAUCCUAACAACAAACCCGGAUGUGUUGGACAAUUUCCCAGAUGCAUCCAUUGACGAAUUCGAAGAAAUCCAGUUGGAACAGAGGACAUCAGUAACAACGACCGUCAGUUCGCCAAUUUUUGGAGGAUUAUUGAAGCGGAACCAUGGGAGAGGAAACAUCAUAUGGGACAUGAUAGGAUGGGGACAAAUGAAACAUGGUAAGUCACCCGAUGAAAAAUGUUUAACACACAAUGGCGUUAACAAACCAAUAACACUCGAAGCAUGCGAUCCUAACUGGAUCAAAUGUCAAACAAGCCUACAAAAAUUAUUAACAAGUAAUGACCCCUUGGUGCAAUCACAAACAACCGUGGCUAACUGUAGCGAAGCAUCUAGCAAGGGCCAAGCCUUCGAAUAUUCCUCAGACUUCACGAUAAGACCAUUUAACACAAACAACUGCAUUAAAGCGAACACAACGAUGCUCAUCCUGCACGAAUGCUCAGAUAAAAGUUCCAUCUGGGGAACAUUCGAUCACACAGGACAAUUAAUGGCAAGUGAUAGAACAGGACUUCAUUCAGGCGCUUCGGACCGGAAAUGCCUAACAAGACGGAUCGACAAAUUAUCGUUGGGACACUGUCAUGGAACAAGCCAGAAACAACAUUUUAGCUUCGAGUACCGGAAUCCACAUCAACCUAGAACAUUGACUGCAGCAGCAAUAAUAUCUCUACAUACGCAAACACGCUUAUUUGGAAAAAAUCUACCAAUCUUGCCACCAUUAAACCAUCGUGAUCCAAAGGAGAUUAACUAUAAAACAAACGCAACGGAAGGAAUAACUAAAAAUUCGACCAUAACGACAAAGUCAGCAACAUCCAUGACUGCUACAACAGAUAAAUCAGUCAUACCUUCCAUUGCAGCCAAGGUAACAACAAGUGCGAAGACAGAAACAACAACAACAUCGAUUAGGCCGACUACAACCACAACAAAACCGACAACAACCUUCAGAACAACAACAACAAAAUCAACUACUACCACAAAAAAGCCGACAACAACCACAAAAAAUCCGACCACAACCACACAAAAACCGACCACAACCACACAAAAACCAACCACUACCACACAAAAACCGACCACCAUCAUUCAAAAGCCAAAUACUACCACACUAAAAACAACCACUACCACACAAAUAACAGCCUCUACACCCAAAUCAACUACAACAUCAAAAUCUACGACAAUAUCAACAGAAGCAGAGAAAUUACCAACAAUAACAUCAACAACCGCAUCAUCAACAUUAACUAGUACAUCACUCAAAACGACUAUCACGACAAAGUCAUCUACAACUACAGAAAAAGCUUCAACACAACAAAAAGAAAAUACAGCACGCGAACUUGUAAUAGAUGACUAUCGACCGCUAAAUGACGCUAAUACAAGUAACGGUCUACCAAAAUCCACUGAGGAGCUAAGUGACUUGAUAAAAUACGAGCUUGGAAAAAUGCACGAGCAAUACAAAAUCAGUAUUGAAACUGAACACGACAAUAAAUUGGCAAAAGAAAUUCGGGAUGUUUACUGCCAGUUAUCAAAGAUAAAACGAACGCAAGCCAUAAUCUUAGCCCAAACAAAUGGAUUGCUUGCAGCCGCCGCACUCGGACUUCCAAUGUGUACAAGGAUAUAUGGUUUUGGUCAAGCCAUGACCUUGCAACAAUGCGACCCAAAAAGGAUAUCACUAUCAGCAAAAGAGACAAAGUGUGGGUUCCAGCCAUUUUUUGUUUACGGAAAAAACAACUGUACGAUCGGACUCGACGGAUGGUCUAUUCAUCCGUAUUCGGAGUGUUUUUGGAAAUCCCAAUUGAUAAACAUCAACGGAUAUCCUCAUACGUGGCAACAUAACGCCACAGCAGGAGACUGGAUUAAACAAGAGGCGACCAUACAUACUUCAAAUCUGGAUUUAAUUGCAGAGUUCGAAGAACUGCACUUAAACAGUUUCGACUAUGGGUUAAGGAACCAUCCAGCUCAUGGAACAAUGGAAAUGGAACAGCUGAACAUCUUAAAUGACCUGGUGGGACGAAUUAAUGAAGGCGAAGGCAAAGAGUUACCUGACAUCCUAGUAACAGAAGAGCAGGACAAUCAAAUCGGAAACAUGUUUUCCUGGUUUGAUACAUUAAAAAUUAUGGCUCUCUCAGCGAUAGGAUUCAUCCUAUUUCUCAUCUGUCUAAGAAUUUUUAUUGCCUGUAAUCCUAUUCCACGGAUUAAGGAAAGCUUCAAACGACGCAAGCAAUCACGUAACGUGAGCGAAAGUGAUGGUCAAGAAAUGGAUUCAAUGAUACCAGAACCCAUCUACAGCGCUGGAGGAGCAAAUGAAAAACCGUUCAUUAGGGAAUUUGCACCUUUAAUGACGUUAGCAACAGAAACACCAAAAGAAACCCUUACGUCGAUAAACACACCAAGUGCACCAAAGAAAGGAAAAUUGUACCCUAUCGAAGAAUUAAAAUGGGAAAACGAGCAAAACAAGGAAUGUACAGGUAGCCACCACGACCUGCAGCUAUGUCGUUGGAUACGGAAUGGUGUGGGAGGAUCUAUGCAGAUGUACUCCAGAAGACCAUUUAAAACGCACAAUUAA